AUGGGGACCAAACCCAGGUUGGUCGCAUGCUGUGGAGACUGUCAGAACAAAAAACCACACUCGGUGGCUUUAGCAACAGAAACCUAUCAUCAUUCUCAAGGCAUUUUAAAUUGCUGUUUGGCAUAUAAUGUUGGUCUCCUAGAAGCAAAGAUAUUUUCUGGUCCUUCAAGUGAACAGUUUGGCUAUGCAGUACAACAGUUUAAAAACCCAAGUGGCAACUGGUUGCUUGUUGGUUCACCUUGGAGUGGUUUUCCUGACAACCGAAUGGGAGAUGUGUAUAAAUGCCCAGUUGACUUGUCCUCUACCUCAUGUGAAAGACUGAAUUUGCAAACUUCCACGAACAUCCCCAAUGUUACUGAGAUGAAAACCAACAUGAGCCUUGGCUUGACACUCAAAAGAAAUGUGGGAACUGGAGGAUUUCUCACCUGUGGUCCCCUAUGGGCACAUCAGUGUGGAAAUCAAUAUUACACAACUGGUCUGUGUUCUGACGUCAGUCCUGAUUUUCAGCUUCUGGACAGCUUUUCACCUGCAGUUCAGAACUGUCCUUCUCUUAUCGAUGUUGUGAUCAUAUGUGAUGAAUCCAACAGUAUUUAUCCCUGGGAAGCAGUAAAGAAUUUUUUGGAAAAAUUUGUAAGUGGCCUUGAUAUAGGCCCCCAAAAGACACAGGUUGGGUUAAUUCAGUAUGGCAACAAUCCAAGAGUUGUAUUUAACUUGAACACCUUCAAAACAAAAGACGAAAUGAUGAAAGCAGCAUCUCAGACUUACCAGCAUGGUGGGGACCAAACAAAUACAUUCAAAGCAAUUCAAUAUGCAAAAGAUUAUGCAUUCUCACCUGCUGUGGGGGGAAGACCAACUGCUACCAAAGUUAUGGUGGUUGUGACUGAUGGAGAAUCACAUGAUGGCUCACAGCUGACAUCCGUGAUUGAUCAAUGCAACAAAGAGAAUAUCCUGAGGUUUGGCAUCGCAGUCCUUGGGUAUUUAAAUAGAAAUGCCCUUGAUACUAAAAAUUUAAUCAAAGAAAUCAAAGCAAUUGCCAGUAAUCCAUCAGAAAGGUACUUUUACAAUGUGUCUGAUGAGGCAGCUCUGCUCGAAAAGGCGGGGACAUUAGGAGAACAAAUUUUCGGCAUUGAAGGAACUGUUCAAGGGGGAGAAAGUUUCCAGAUGGAAAUGUCACAAGUGGGAUUCAGCGCAGAUUACUCUUCUCAAAAUGAUGUUUUGAUGCUGGGUGCAGUAGGAGCUUAUGACUGGAGUGGGACUAUUGUACAGAAGACAACUCAAAGACAGUUGAUCUUCCCUAAACAAGACUUUGACCAAAUUCUGCAAGAUAGAAAUCAUAGCUCAUAUUUAGGUUACUCUGUGGCAGCCAUCUCUACUGGAAAAGGUGUCCACUUUGUUGCUGGGGCUCCUCGGGCAAAUUAUACUGGUCAGAUAGUGCUGUACAGUGUUAAUGAGAAAGGCAAUGCCACUGUUAUUCAGGCUCACAGAGGUGAUCAGAUUGGCUCCUACUUUGGAAGUGUGCUGUGUUCAGUCGAUGUCAAUAAAGAUGGUAUUACAGACGUGCUCUUAGUAGGAGCACCAAUGUUCAUGAAUGAUCUAAAGAAAGAGGAGGGAAGAGUCUACUUAUUUACUAUCUCGAAGGGAAUAUUGAAUUGGCACAAAUUUCUUAGAGGCCCUGAAGGUGCAGAAAAUGCUCGGUUUGGUUCAGCCAUUACUGCUCUUUCCGACAUCAACAUGGAUGGCUUUAAUGAUGUGAUAGUUGGGUCACCUUUAGAAAAUCAGAACGCUGGAGCUGUUUACAUCUACAAUGGUCAUGAACGCACCAUCCGUUUGAAGUACUCCCAGAAAAUCCUAGGGUCUGAUGCCACCUUUCGAAAUCAUCUCCAAUUCUUUGGGAGAUCUCUGGAUGGCUAUAGAGAUUUAAAUGGAGAUUCCAUUCCUGAUGUUUCCAUUGGUGCCUUUGGCCAAGUGGUCCAGCUCUGGUCACAGAGUAUUGCUGAUGUAUCUGUAGAAGCUUCAUUCACACCAGAAAAAAUAAUUUUGGUCAACAAAAAUGCUGAUAUAAAUCUCAAACUAUGCUUCAGUGCUAAGUUUAGACCUGAGCAAAGAAGUCAAGUGGCCAUUAAAUAUAACAUCACAGUUGAUGCUGAUCAGUAUUCUUCCAGAGUCACAUCCAGGGGGUUGUUUACGGAAAAUAAUGAGAGGUUUCUGCAGAAAAAGUUGAUGGUAAAUCAAGCCCAGACUUGCGCUGAGUUCAUCAUCCAUGUACAGGAGCCCUCUGAUGUUAUCAGUCCAUUGGAUCUGUGUGUGAACAUCAGCCUGGCCAACCCAGGAACCAGCCCUGCCCUUGAAGCCUACUCAGAGACAGCCAAGGUCUUCAGUAUCCCUUUCCAUAAAGACUGCGGUGAUGAUGGACUUUGCAUCUCUGAUCUAGUUCUAGAUGUCCAACAGCAGCCAGCUGCUCAAGCAGAACCCUUUAUUGUCAGCAACAAAAACAAAAGAUUAACGUUUUCAGUGACACUGUCAAACAAAAAGGAGAGUGCAUACAACACUAGGAUUGUUGUUGAUUUCUCAGAAAACUUGUAUUUUGCUUCCUGGUCCUUGCCGAUCGAUGGAACUGAAAUACGAUGCCAAGUUGCUUCCUCCCAGAAGUCUGUUACCUGUGACGUUGGCUACCCUGCUUUGCAUCCAAAACAACAGGUGACUUUUAUUAUUAACUUUGACUUCAAUCUUCAAAAUCUUCAGAAUGAGGCAUCUGUCAAUUUCCAAGCCCUAAGUGAAAGCCAUGAAGAAAAUAAUUCAGAUAACAGGGCUGACUUCAGAGUUCCUCUUUUGUAUGAUGCUGAAAUUCACAUCAGAGGAUUCAUCAACAUAAAUUAUUAUGAAGUCUCAAAUGAGAAUGUUCCUUCUGUGGUGGACAGUUUUGAAGAUAUUGGUCCCCAGUUCAACUUUUCCAUUAAGGUAACAACAGGAAAUGUUCCAGUAAGCAUGGCAUCUGUGACCAUCCACAUCCCUGAAAACACUAAGGGAAAUAACCCACUGAUGUACCUAACUGAUGUUCACACAGAUAUGAACGGUGAUAUCACUUGUAGUGCAGAUAUAAAUCCACUGAAAAUUGGACAAACAUCAUCUUCUGUAGAUUUCAAGAGUGAAGAUUUCUGGCACAUAAAUGAAUUGAACUGCAAAACUGCUUCCUGUAGUAACUUUACCUGCUGGCUAAAAGAUCUUCAUGUAAAGGAAGAGUACUUCCUGAAUGUGUCUACUAGAAUUUGGAAUGGGACCUUUGCAGCAUCAACCUUCCAGGCAGUUCAACUGAUGGCAGCCGCAGAAAUCGACACCUACAACCCUCAGAUAUACAUGAUAGAAGAAAAUACCAUCACGAUUCCUAUCGCGAUAAUGAAACUCCAUGAGAAAGCUGAAGUACCAAUUGGAGUCAUAAUAGGAAGUAUAAUUGCUGGACUCCUUUUGCUUUUGGCUCUGGUCGCUGUUUUAUGGAAGCUUGGCUUCUUCAAAAGAAAAUAUGAAAAGAUGAUGAAAAAUACAGAUGAGAAUGACGAGGCCACAGAACUCAACAGCUGA